AUGGUUUAAAAUGAUUCUGAAGCCACCAAGUAAUCCUGUGAAUAGCAGACAGGAUCCAAGAAAAUCACCAAGCAGCAUGGCCACUGGAAUCAGACAGAGCACAAUACCUAUCUCAACUUUUUAUUGGAAAAUGCAAACCACACCAAAGGCUAAAGAUUAUUUAAGAGAAUGAGUUAAGUUGUUGGCACUCGCACACCAAGUUAAUGCAGGUAAGAACCUAUAAUAUAAGAUCGCAUCACUAAAAAUUUAAUCCAUAAAAGGCAAAAUCUUCUUAUAUAGAUACAAGAUGUUAGAGAUCCAAACAAUGUGCCAGAAGUUACUUCGCUUAACACAAAUAAACUGAUGAUGAUAGCCAAUGAAAUGACUUUUGUAUAUUAUACUCAAAUAUUGUUAACCUUAUCACAAGAUAGUAUCAUGGCUAAUUAAAAACGAUAAAACAUAUAAAAUUCAAAUCAAGAUUUUUCACUUCUCUUUACAUACACUUUUCUUUCUCUUACUCAUUUCCCACCUCAUUAUUCCAAUCUCUUUGAAAAAUACCUUAUGUAAAUUUUAACUUGCCGCAUUUUAUAUGUGUUUAUAACACUCUUCCUUCCCUUUCUUUUGACUGCCAAUAUGUGCUUGUACUGCAAAGUUCAUUUAUUAAUGCUCAUGUGA